AUGACACUCUUCAUCAUUGAGGAUGCGUGCUUUCUGUGGCGGAAGAGGCUUGCGAGCAAUCUCCAGUUCAUCAUUAUUGGCAGACUCCGACUUCCUGAUGCCCGCAUAUUCAGGUUUGUGACAUUUAUGCCAAGUUUGAUUCAUCUGGAAAUUCCGAGGGAUAUGUGCAUUUUCCGACCGGCGUGGAUUCUUCAUGUGUACCGCAAUCUUUCCAUGUGUACGCGUACGUUGAAGUCCACAUUUACCCCCAACCAAGAACGUUUUGCCCAAACGAGACGACCUCCACCACGCCCAUCAAAGCUCGUCAUGAUGGCUGAACAGGCUGUGCGGGCAUCUGCCAAACGAACAAGAGACAUAUUUGCGGCCGACUUCGCGACACCAACAGCACUCGAGCACGCCUCCAAUCCCAUCUACUCGGCACAACCUACAACAAGCGCGCCCUCGGCAGCUGCCGACCAAAUCGGUGUCGCGGUGCGCAUCCGGAACGAAUAUGAAGCCGUACGGGAGCUGCCACCUGCUCUGGCUAGCAAGAUGGCUGCUGCGGCCUCAACAGCCGCAGAGCGACGCAAGAAGAUCAAGGCGCAGAACACAGAGGAGAAGGCGUCCGACCCAAAGAUGCAAAGAAUCAUCGAUGGAGUCUCUGAAAAGGCAGACAAGGUGCGGGACUCACAAUCGAUGCAGCUGGCUGUAAGAGCAGGGGGCAAAGGCGCCGCGCCAAAUGCACAGGGGCCUACACCAAAUAGGGACCAGACAUCGAGUGCGCUCGUUCGGAAAGACGUCGUCAAACAAGCCAAGCCGGAGUGGCACGCUCCUUGGAAAGUUUCUAGGGUCCUCGCUGGCUCCAUGGGAUGGGUGCGCUCGUUGGCUGUAGAUCCGGACAAUCAAUUCUUCGCUUCAGGGUCCGCCGACCGCACAAUCCGCCUCUGGGAUCUCGCCAGCGGUCAGCUCAAACUUACGUUGACUGGACACAUUUCUGCCGUUCGUGGCCUGGCCAUCAGCCCACGGCAUCCCUACCUCUUCUCGUGCGGUGAAGACAAGAUGGUCAAGUGCUGGGACCUCGAGACCAACAAGGUCAUUCGUCAUUACCACGGACAUCUUAGUGGCGUCUACAGCCUGAGUCUGCACCCAACAGUCGACGUUCUGUGUACUGGUGGUCGCGAUGGAGUCGUGAGGGUAUGGGAUAUGAGGACCAGGACGAACAUCCAUGUGUUGGGAGGACACAAAGGCACAGUCACAAGCAUCCAGACCCAGGAGGCUGAUCCCCAGGUCAUAUCAGGUUCCAUGGACAGCCAAAUACGACUCUGGGAUCUUGUCGCUGGAAAGACCCAGACGGUUCUGACACAUCACAAGAAGUCGGUCCGCGCACUCGCAUUACAUCCGACAGAGUACACCUUUGCAAGUGGCAGUGCAAACUCUAUGAAGCAAUGGUUAUGUCCUCGCGGCGACUUCAUGCAGAAUUUCUCCCCUGUCGACAGCAUUAUCAACACAAUAUCUGUGAAUGAGGACAAUGUCACAUUCGCCGGUGGAGACGAUGGAAGUUGCAGUUUCUACGACUGGAAAACUGGGUACCGAUUCCAGCACGGGGAGCAGGUGGCACAACCGGGAUCGCUCAGCGCUGAAGCUGGUGUCAUGUGCAGCACGUUUGAUAGGACUGGCCUGCGUCUGAUCAUGGGAGGAAGUGAUAAGUCUAUACAGGUCUGGAAGCAGGAUGAGAACGCGACCGAAGAAACGCACCCUUUGGACUGGAAGCCAACGCUUGGGCGACAAAAGUUUUAG